UUCCGGUGCGGGUGGCGGCGCGGCUCGGCCCGUCGGGGCUCCCUGUCCGUCCGUCAGGCCGCCGGCCGGGACAGACGUGCUCGGCACGCGGAAGGAAACCCCGUCCCGGAGCCUUCAGGCCGCUUUCGCUGGCCGCAGCGACAGGCUCUUGGGCGGGGUGCUGCUUGCGAGCUGCGUGCUGAGAGCCUCAUGGACGCGGGAAGCGACUCCAGCCUCAGCCAGGACUCCGCGGCUGGUCUGACGGCGGGCGACGUGCUCGUUCGCUCCACCGGUGUCCACAGGGAGAAGCCGAUUGACGCUGCGGCAGGGGCUGGCGGCCGUGUGAAAAAAGUGACGAUCGCCGUCGAGAAGCUUGGGGAGGCGGUUUGUCCGCCGGCGGGCGUGUGCGCGGCCCGCCGUCCGGCAGCCCCGCCAGCACACCGCGCUGCGUUCGGGGCAGCGGCCCGCGGCACCCCGCGCCCCUCCGCACCAGGAGUCCUGAGUACUAAAGGAUGUCCAGAAAGUCUGGUUUUUGUGGAAAAUUCUACAGAAACUAUGUUUUUGUCACAAACGGAUUAUCCUGGAGAAGCUGCAGUACAAGACACUCCCUCACUGCUGCUGGAAGAUAACAAAAGACUUAAAGAUGAUGUUGUUAUUUCUCGAUAUGCUACUGGCCAGAAAGAGGCUUUGAGAGCCGUGUUAAAGCAAAAAACUCAAAAUACCCCUGUACCUAAGGAGGUGAAGGUACAGCUCUUAGAGAAUGCCCCCACAGAAAAGAAGGAAAGUGUUGGUCGUGACAGUGGGUCAGCAGCAAGGGAAGCUGAUUCUGCAACAACCAUCGCAGCAGCGACUGCCGCUGCAAUUGCUACUACGGCUCCGCUUCUUAAGGUUCAAAAUGAUUUGGAAGCAAAAGUUAACUCAGUUUCAGCAUUACUUCAUAAACUCCAGGAGACAGACAAACAACUGCAGCGUGUUGCUGAACAGCAAACAGAUAUGAAGACUCACCAUGAGAAGCCUCACUGUCAUGAAAGAGUCGGUGAGCUUCAAAAACAAAUGAAUUCUUUCAUGGUGCAGCAGAUUCAGCAUUUGGAAAAGUUACAGGAGCAACAAAUGAAUAUUCAGACUCAUCUUAUUAACUCUGCAGUCAACGUGGGUGGCUUACAGCAAAUUCAUGGACCUUUGUGCAGUCUCAUCACAAAACAAUCUGAGAAGCCAGAACAGCAAUUGCAUACUCAUGGAGUGUCUUCACACCAGAGGGGUUUCUUUCCUACCAGUGAUCCACCUGCACAAGCACAUCCAAGCCAAUUUCAGAGUCAUGGCAUUCAUACCCGAAGAUCUCUUCUAAAGACACCCGUUCCUCGGAGAUAUGUUCCAGAACCUGUAUCAAAAAAUGUGAAAAUCUCAGCAAAAGAAAACCUUGUCACAGAAAAGGAUAGGAAUUCCAAAUCCACAUGUGAAGGUGAAGGGAAACUUCUUGAGCAUCUUCUGAAUUCUCAAGAAAAGCCACUGAAGCCAACUGAGUUUCCUGAGAAGACAACAUUAAACAGUGGUAAAACAAGCUGGCAAUCUGAGAGAGACAGGAAUACUGCUUUGCGUACAGAGUCCUUCCCUGCUUUUGAAAACUUCUUCCAAAAUUGCAGUUCAAUUGAGAAAACAGUGGAAAAAGCAGAUGACUUACUUCAAGAUCUUGGCCAGUUGAGAAGAGAAAUGCAUGAGAUGCUACAGGAAGCAAAUGCAUGGAAAUCAGACAGGAAUGAUCUUAUUAAGUCAAAAAAACCUCCUGUUACAUCUGAUCUUCCUGAACAUCAUCUGCCCAACAAACCCUCCAUCCUUCAAAAUGUUAAAGUGCCAAAGUCUAUACUGAGGGAUGCUGAAAGGGUUCUGAAAGAAGUACAAAGCAAGAAAAAAGUUCUUGAAGAAAAUUUGGAAGCUGUGAUUCGCGCCAGAGAUGGGGACACCAUGAACGCUUUUAUUAAUGCCUUGACUGCAAACAGAGAUAUAUUGGAAGAGACUCGUAUCAGAAAGACUGUGGAUGAGUGGAUUGAGGCAAUCAGUGCAGAAAUCCAGGCUGAAAUGGCAAGAAAUGAUUUGGAACAAGUGAAAUAUGAUCAAAAGGUCCCAUGUAUCAAGAGAGCCCAAAACUUCAAGGCUAUAAAGACCAAUAAUGAAAUUAAAGCAAAAGCUCAAAAACUCCAAGGAUGCUUGACAAAGAAGCCUGUAUUUGCCACUAAGUCAUUGCAGAAGCAAGCAGAAGAUAACACAAGCAGACAGAAGUUUAGAACUUACUUUUCUUCUGAAAGUUCGCAGAAGAAAGAAAAAAGAGCAGAUGGCCCUGUGACUCGAAGUGCAGUGGUGCAAAAUGAGGACUAUCUGUCUCAAGUUUAUGGGAAACCAAUUUACCAGGGACAUCGGAGCACACUGAAAAAAGCACCAUAUCUAAGAUUCAACUCACCUUCUCCCAAGUCUAAACCUCAAAGACCCAGGGUGAUAGAGAGUGUUAGAGGUACAAAGGUAAAGUCAGCAAGAACACAGACUUCUUUUUGCACACAGAAGGUGAUAACCAGCCCUAGGAAACAGCUUCCUUUCCAUGCAUUUGCUCAAGAAAAUCAGUACUUUUUUAGUCCUAGUCGAGAUGUGCCUGCUGCCUGCGGCCCCCUUGAAGGUCACCUAAUUCCUAUGGCUAUUCCACUAGGUCAAACCCAAAUUAAUGACAUCUCACAGCAGCCUGCUGGAGCAGUCAUAGGUAAAUCACACCCUGUUACAGUUCCAACCUCUCUUCCUCAAGUACCACCAAAACCACCGGUUGAGGUAAAAAAACCAAACGUAGCUGUAAUAGAGAUGAGAUCAGAGAAAAAGGUUCCUCCUCAGCUGUCUGUGCAGGUGUUACCAAAUGUAGAUAUUGACAGUAUUUCAAGUGACAAUGUGAGUGUAAACCACCAUCUUCCAGGCUCUGGAUCUGCACUUCCUCCUGUCGAUGUGACUCCAGAAGAUAUACCUAGUGAGGAGGAAGACACCAAGCUUCCUGGAACCAGUUUCACUGAUGCCAUGCAGGAUCAAGAAGAAGAGAGGGAUGAAAUUCCAGAAUUCUUUGAGCCUCCUAUGGAGUUUAAUGGCCAGUUUAAAGUGGCUUCACCAAAAUACAGUGGUCCUUUGUUUCCUCCAGUGGCUUCUGCUCCUCAGCAGGCUUCUGAUAUUUUGGAUGAACUGAUUCAAAGGAGAGAAACUAUGGACACUAUAGAAAACAGGCUGAUAAAUUGGGUGGAACAAGAAGUAAUGGCAAAAAUUAUCAGUGAGAUGUACCCAGUUCAGAAAGAAACAGUGCCCAAUGUUAGCACCUCAGAGAGUGAAGACAGUGAGGCUGUAACCUCUGACAUUGUUGAAGUUGCAGGUGGUGGAGGGUUGCAACUCUUUGUCAAUGCUGGCGUGCCUGUGGACUCAGAAAUGAUAAGUCAUUUUGUAAAUGAAGCUCUCAGAGAAAUAAUUGCCACCAUGCUGGGCAACAGGGAGGCUCAGGAAGCACCUCCUGCUACAAAUGCAAUUCCAAGUACAGCGAUUAUGAUGGAGUCUCUUGUGCCUACUCCAUUGCCAACACCCCAGGCCACACCACCACAAACACCACCUUCAGAAAAAGAAUUGCCUCCAGUCAAAACUCCAGAGUCUUCUCCAUCUCUUACAGAAAUGAAUGUGGAUGUUCACGAAUAUGACAAAAUUAAAGAAACAGAAGCUGAGAUUCCAGCUGCCACUCCUCAUGUUGGCACACCUGUAAUUACCCCUGUCAGUACGCCUCCUAGAACAGCCACACCAAGCCCUCCUGCCUCAGAAUGGGUCUCCAAGGAUGCAAAAAUGGAAAGCCCAAAGCCUCCAAACCCAUGGGAUGGUGCACAACUUCCUCUGGAAGAGGAGAAACCCAGUCCUUUAACUGAAGAACCAUUUUGUCCCAAGGCUGUUGAGAUGUCCGUGGCUAACGAUGAGGAACCAGAGGCCUUGAUUUUACCAUCUCAGCAGUUGUCAGCGAGGCCUUUCGAAUCGCUGCCGUGCAAUGCACAGGUUCCAUCACCUGUGCCAACAGUUAGUUCUGGGCAGUCCACACAGGAAAGCAGCCUGACCCUCACAGAAACAGAAACUACAGACAGACCCAUCUCAGAAGGAGAGGUACUCUUCAGCUAUGGGCAGAUGUUGCCUGCAAGAGCUUUAGCAGAAGGAGGACUGUCUCUUCCAAACCUUGCUGAGAGCUUAACCAGUACUUUACAAGAUGCCAUUGAAAUGGAUUACGAUCCUCCCAGUGAAGGGCAAGUGGUAAAAAGAUGGGAUAAAGGCCAUCAAAGGGAUCCAGUCCUGACUCUUUUAGCCAAAUUAAAUCAAGCACCCGUUGCUACACAAGAAGGAACAUACUCUUUGGAGAAUUUUGAUGAUAGUGUUGGCGAGCUCAGUGAAGGUCAAAGACCAAGGCUGACCAGAGCAGCAGAGAAAAUCCUGAUGGGACAUUCAGUUUACAUGGACCAUCCAACUGCUCGGACCUCCGAGAACAGGCCACAUCGGGAUUUCCGUUCUGCAUCGCCAGGGCAGCUCACUCAGAUUGGAGAAAUUCUUGGGGAUGCAGAUACAAGUCAUGGCCCAAUGUUUAUGGCUGAACUAGAAUCACAGCCAGUUUUAAAUGCUAUUCUGGAAGCAUCCCAGCCAGGCUGCAGAGUGACAUGUGUCUCAGAGGAGUCCGAGGAGGAAAGCCAAGGAGCUGCACAAGUUGAGACUGUGAAACCCCGAGUUAUUCAUGUGAGAAGGAAGUCCGAAGAGAUGCAGCAAGAAGAUAUCCACAGAGACAUGGACUGGACACACACUGGCAAAGAAAGGUCUCUCACAUCUUUACUUACUGGAGAGGAUGCUGCCUCACGUUUAAAUUCACACGUUUCUGCAGCGAAGGUGUCAGUGAAGCUGCCUUCCAUGAGCACAGACAACCAAGCAGAAAGUAUGAGUAGUGUUCUUGAUACGGACUCUUCAGGGACAAAUACAUUUUAAAGCUCACAGCUUUGUAUGGCAGUGGCUGUCUGAAGACUUUUGUCAUUGUCUGCCUAGAGUGAUAGUCUUUGUGUUUCAACAAAAUACCAGCCUUUCAGUACUGUUUAUUUUCUUCAAUUUUUGUUAUAAUUUUGUUAUAAUUUUAUAUUUAGGCAACGAUUUUGUUUGUGAAUAUAUCAAAUAUUUUUAAGCAAAUAAAACACAGUUCUUUUGGAGGCUCUUUAAAUCUUUCUUGCAUGUAUAGAUGAACAUGUGAAGGUGAUGGCAAAGGUCUGUCUCACCAAUGGAGAAAAGUGCUUGGCUCAAUGGUGUCAAUAUUGACAAAAAUGUUGUUCCAAAAGGAAAUCUAUUUGAAACCAAAGUUUGCAAGAAAAUCGUGUUUCUAGGUAUCUUCAGAGCUUGUUCAUCCCUUAGAAAACUGCUGUCACAGGACAGUAAUUCAAAAUUGUAUGUGAAAGAGACCAUUUCACUUUGUAUUGUUGUUAUGAGGAAUUUUUAUUGGAC